UGGAGGUGGGGGAGGAGGAGGAGUAGCAGGAGGGGGAGGAGCUUUUGGGCUCUCUCCCACGUCCGUCCCACGCCCCGUCUCUCGCUGGCACAGGAGGAGCCGGUCUCUCACAAUGCUGCAGCGAGCCUACGGUUCGGCCAGUGAGUUCCUGGGCUCGAGUGAUCUGGAUCUGCUCCUGCUGCAAGAAGCACCUGAAUCAGAUGAGUCACAGGAAUUUCAGGGGUUGCAGGCAUUGCAGGGAGCAGCGGCAGCACGGGAAGGACAGGAGGCUCAACCGCAAGCUGCACCUGCAGCAGCAGCAGCAGCAGCAGUAGGAAAAGCAGAAGCAGUAGCAGCAGUAGCUGCAGCAGAAGCAGCAGCAGAAGAAGAAGAUGCAGAAGGGGAGGGAGGGAAGGAGGAGCAGGAGUCACUUGAGUCUCGGUUGAGGCGGUGGCAUGAGAGCAUGGGUGCCUCAUCUUCCUUCUCCCCCUCACAUCCUCCCCCCAGAGGGCUCUUUGUGCCCGGCCUGCCCCACUGGACCAAGCGGUCGCUCCCUCGCUCGCUGCGCAUCUCCCGCUCGCUGCUCUCCUUUCAAGAGCGAGCGCUGCUGGAGCACCGUCAAGAGACCGCCCUCCUGCAGGGCAUGGCUGGCAGAUUAGAUGGGAAAAACGAUGGCGAGAAGGACGGUGAAAACGAUCCGUGGAGUGUGAGGAAUGGGGAGAGUGACGAAGCGAUUGGCGAGGGGAGCAAGGAGGAGAGGAACAAGAGGAGAGCGAGGAGGUGUGCUCGAGCCAACAGCGACGGAGGUGUGGGCUCCCUGCUGUCAGCAGCAGCAGCAGCAGUAGCAGCACCGGUGUCCCCUGGCGAGUCGAUUCGAGCGGCCGUGACGGUUUACUCGGCUUCCAGGGAGUUCUGGCGCCCCCCCUCCACCCCCAAGCCUGUGAAGCAAGCCAAGGUGUGCCUCCCCAUGUACUCCCCCCCUGUGCCGCCCAUCGGCCUCGAGAAGCUGAUGGAGGGCGGGACUGGGGCAGGUGGGACUGGUGGGUUUGCUGGAUUUGGUGGGGGAGGGGGGUGGGGGUUUGGUGCAGGCUGGUGGGGUGCGGUAGAGGGAGCAGGGGAAGAAAGGAAGGAGGGGACAGGAGAGGCUGGGUGGCUGGGGUUUGAAGGGUUGGUGGAUGCGGCACGGGGGAUGAUGUGGAGGGGAGGAGAUGAAGGUGGGGAGGGGGCAAAGGAGGAGGAGAAAGAGGGGAGUUUACGUGCAGCUACAGGGAAGGAGGGUAUUGGGUACCAGGAAGGAGGGAGAGAGGCCGUGGAAGGAGAAGAGAAGGGUUUGACUGUAGAAAAGGAGGGAAAAUGUUUUGAGAAAGGAGAUGAGGAGGGAGAUACAGGGGGGAUUGCAGGAGAGGAAGGAACAAAGGGAGGUGGGUGA